AUGGAAGAAGAACUGAAGUGCCCGGUGUGCGGGUCCCUGUUCCGCGACCCCAUCAUCCUGCCCUGCUCGCACAACGUGUGCCUGCCCUGCGCCCGCACCAUCGCCCUGCGGACCCCCGACGGCGAGCGGCCCCCGCCCGCCCGGCCCGGCCCGCCGGACCCGGACCCCGGCCCGGACCCCGGCCCGGACCCCGCCCCCGCCCCCGCCCCCGGCCCCGGCCCCGGCCCCGGCCCGGACCUGGCGGACAAGCUGAGCCUGCACAGCGAGGCGGACAGCGGCUACGGGUCCUGCACGCCGGGCCUCCGCUCGCCCAACGGCGUGCGCGUCCUGCCCCCGGGCCCGGCCCGCGGCCCCGCCCCGCCGCCCCCGGGGGGACCCCCGGGGGGACCCCCGGCCCCCGGCCCCGGCGCCGGCUCCAUCACCUGCCCGCAGUGCCACCGCAGCGCCUCCCUCGACCCCCGCGGCCUCCGCGGCUUCCGGCGCAACCGGCUGCUGGAGGCCAUCGUGCAGCGCUACCGCCAGGCCCGGGGGGCCCCGGGGCCCGGGCCCCCGCCCCCCGCCGGCCCCGCCGCCCCCGCCGCCCCCGCCGCCUGCCAGCUGUGCGACCGCCGGCCCCCGGAGCCCGCCGCCGCGCUCUGCCAGCAGUGCCGCGUGCUCUACUGCGCCGCCUGCCGGGCGCGCUGCCACCCGCCCCGAGGGCCCUUCGCCAAGCACCGCCUCGUCGCCCUCCCGGCCCCGGCCCCGGCCCCGGCCCCCGCCCCGGCCCCCGCCCCCGCCCCGGCCGGCCCCGCCCGGGACGCCCCCGGCCCCCCCGGCCAGGGCCCCCCCGGCCAGAGCCCCGGGACGGGCGGCGCCGCCCGCAGGGCCCCCGCCUGCGCCGACCACGAGGGGGAGACCUACAGCAUGUACUGCGCCCCCUGCCGGACGCCCGUCUGCCCGCGCUGCCUGGGCGACGGGGCCCACGCCCAGCACGACCUCCGCCCGCUCAGCGCCGCCUGGCGGCAGCACAAGGCUCAGCUCUCCCAGGCCUUGAAUGGGGUUUCCGACAAAGCAAAGGAAGCAAAAGAAUUUCUGGUUCACCUGAAGGAUAUUCUGCAGCAGAUCCAGGAGAACAGUCUGGACUACGAGGCCUGUCUGGUCGCUCAGUGCGAUGCCCUGGUCGACGCUCUGACCCGCCAGAAGGCCAAGCUGCUCACUAAAGUCACCAAGGAGCGGGAGCACAAGCUGAAGGUGGUGUGGGAGCAGAUCAACCACUGCACGCUGAAGCUGCGGCAGUCGACGGGGCUGAUGGAGUACUGCCUCGAGGCCAUCAAGGAGAACGACCCCGCCGGAUUUCUGCAGGUUUCGGACGCCCUGAUCAUGCGCGUGCAGCUUUCCCAGGAGCAGUGGGUCAAGGGGGCCCUGGAGCCCCGAGUGUCCGCCGAGUUCGACCUGACCCUGGACAGCGAGCCCCUCCUGCAGACCAUCCACCAGCUGGACUUUAUCCAGAUGAAACGUAGGAUGCCGCCCACCCCGCUGCUGCAGCUGGAGAAGUGCUGCACCAGGAAUAACAGCGUGACCCUGGCCUGGAGGACCCCCGCCUUGGCACCCGGCCCCGUGGAAGGUUACGUCCUGGAGCUGGAUGACGGGGACGGCGGGCAGUAUCGGGAGGUGUACGUGGGCAAGGAGACGGUGUGCACCAUCGACGGACUUCACUUCAACAGCACCUACAACGCCAGGGUCAAAGCCUUCAACUCCUCCGGCUUCGGUCCCUACAGCAAGACCGUCGUCCUGCAGACGUCCGACGUGGCCUGGUUCACCUUCGAUCCCAACACGGCCCACCGGGACAUCGUCCUGUCGAACGACAACCAGACGGCGACGUGCAGCAGCUACGAUGACCGCGUGGUGCUGGGCACGGCGGCUUUCUCCAAGGGGGUGCACUACUGGCAGCUGCACGUGGACCGCUACGACAGCCACCCGGACCCGGCCUUUGGCGUGGCCCGUGCCAACGUGGCCAAGGACAUGAUGCUGGGCAAGGACGACAGGGCCUGGGCCAUGUACGUGGACAGCAACCGCAGCUGGUUCAUGCACCGCAACUCCCACACCAGCCGGACGGAGGGCGGCGUGGGCCAGGGGACGACUGUGGGCGUGCUGCUAGACCUGAACGAGCACACGCUGACCUUCUUCAUCAACGGGCAGCAGCAGGGCCCCACCGCCUUCGAUCAUGUGGAUGGGGUCUUCAUGCCGGCCCUCAGCCUCAACCGCAAUGUGCAGGUGACCCUGCACACCGGACUCGAGGUGCCCCUGCACCUGGUCCCACUCAAGCCACCCAGCAACUGACUGGUUUCAGCCUCCCCCGCCCCACAGCCCCCCGGCGCCAGCGCCCCGUGGCUCCUGCCAGGCAGGAGGGGCCCUGGGACGAAGACUCAGGUGCAGGGGGAGUUGGGGGCCGACAGGCCUUCCUCCUUCCUAGCCUAGAUGCCUUGCCCUCACCCUCUGCCCCCCGGGGCCGGCCAAGGGGGGGAAUCUGGGAAAGCAGGUUGUGUUGGAGAGACUGUGGUGAGUCUUUGGGAACUCUAGUCCAGUGGAUUGAGCCCGACUCAAGGAAUCAGGGUUCCUGGGUUUCUAGUCCCUGCCUCUGGGGAGUUGGGUGAUGACUGGUCCGUGAAGAGUGACAAGAGGAAGAGUCAGGGGUGUCGGAGGGGCCGGACUGGGUCGCCAAAGGGAGAGUCGGAGAUGGAGAGUGGAGAGUCAAGGGCGUUGAAUGCUCUGCGCUGGGUCACCGAGGGAGAGUCACGGGUUUUGCAUGGUCUGUGCUGGAUCACAGAGGGGGAGAGUCAGUGGGGAGGGGGAAAAGAGGUUGAUUUUCCUCGCCCUCAGACCUUUCUGUAGAGCCAGGGGUGGAAAUGCAGAAAGGUGAUAUCGGUGAGUUUUCGCUACUCCCCAAGGAAAGGCACAACUGGGAAGGGUGGGGGGAGGUUUUUUCCAAAUCUAAAUCCGCUUGUGUAUAUACUGGAAAUAAGGGGAAAGACUGGUCCUGGGCAGCUUGAGCCACCUCCUCACUGCGGCAGCGGCAGCGGGCUCUGGGGUCACCAGUUUCCCGCCCGUGGGCUCUAGUUUGGCCGACGGGGGAGUCGAGCUGAACUGAACAGGGGCCCUGCAGGGUGGGGCAGGACACGGGGCCAGGAUCAGGUAGUCCCGGAGCGGCAGGCUGGGCGAGCUGCGGAGCGG